AUUUAUACAGUGUUUUACCAUGAGAACUCAAUGUCAACUUCAUCAUGACCAUCAUCAUCAGCAUCUCUGUGCUCCUGCUGGCCUCUCUGCUGCCACACCUGACCUUCACUGCUCAUGUGAAUGUGGGUAUAGUGAACGGCACAGAAGCCAAACCCCACUCCAGACCUUACAUGGUUUCUAUUCAGAAGAACAGACAACAUAUCUGCGGUGGAUUCCUCAUUUCUAAUCAGUUUGUCCUGACUGCUGCACACUGCUGGAACCGAAUAGAGGUUCUGACGGUUGUUAUUGGUGCUCAUGACUUAAGGAACAUCGAGAAUUCAGAUCGCUUCGACGUGAAGUCUUACAUCCCACACCCAGACUAUAUAGACCGUCGUAAUCAGAAUGACAUCAUGCUUAUGAGGCUACAGGAAAAAGUUAAAGCAAACAACAAUGUCAAAUGGAUUGAUUUACCAAUGGAUGGAGAGGAAAUGGGAACAAAUUCUGUCUGUAGUGUUGCCGGCUGGGGAAGACUGAAGACUAAUGGCCCAACGAGUGAUCUUCUAAUGGAGGCAAAUUUGUACAUAAUGAAUAACUUAGAAUGUAGCUAUAAAUGGGGAGAGAUCUACUCACUCUCACAGAUGAUGUGCACACAUGGCCGUGGUGGAUCCUGCCUUUUUGAUUCAGGAGGUCCUUUGGUUUAUGGAAACACUGCAGUUGGUGUCACAUCGUUUGGAAAUGCGGAAAUGUGCAAUUCACCUAAAUAUCCGAAUGUGUAUAUUAAGAUUUCACAAUAUCGCGAAUGGAUCGACAACAUAAUUAGAAAAAGUGAGUUCAUGUUUUAUCAUGAGAGCUCACUGAUCGUCUCCUUCAUCAUGACCAUCAUCACCAGCAUCUCUCUGCUCCUGCUGGCCUCUCUGCUGCCACACCUGAGCUUCACUGCUCACGUGGAUGUGGGUAUAGUGAACGGCAGGGAAGCCAGACCCCACUCUAGACCUUACAUGGUUUCUCUUCAGAAGAACGGACAACAUGACUGCGGUGGAUUCCUCAUUUCUGAUGAGUUUGUCUUGACUGCUGCACACUGCUGGAACGGAUAUGACAUUCUGAGAGUUGUGGUUGGUGCUCAUGACUUAAGGAACAGACACAACUCAGAUGUCAUCAGAGUGAAGUCCUACAUCCCGCAUCCAGGCUACAUAACCAGUUCUUUUCAGUAUGACAUCAUGCUUUUGAGGCUAGAGAAAAAAGUCAAACUAAACAACGAAGUUGGAUUGAUCUCAUUACCAAAGAGAGGAGAAGAUGUGAAAGCAGGUAUUCUCUGUAGUGUUGCCGGUUGGGGAAGACUACAGACUUCUGGCCCACUGAGUUUUCUUCUAAUGGAGGCAAACACAACUACAAAAAAUCAGGCAUACUGUAAGCACUUAUGGAAAGAUGUUGAUUACGUUCCCGAACGGAUGAUCUGUGCAUAUGGCAGUGGUGGAUCCUGCAAAGGGGAUUCAGGAGGUCCUUUGGUUUGUGGAAACACUGCAGUUGGUGUCACAUCAUUCGGAUAUACAUAUCACUGCAAUUCACCCAAUAAGCCUAAUGUGUAUACUGAGAUUUCACCAUAUCUUCAGUGGAUCAAUGAACAAAUUAAACGUUAAAUGUAUUUUAAUAAAAAUAUCACAUGGCAAGCAUCAA